AUGGCCACCUCCACCAUGUCCGUCUGCUCCAGCAACCUCAGCUACGGCAACAACAUCUGCAUGCCUGCUUCCCACGACUCCUGGCAGGUGGACGACUGCCCAGAGAGCUGCUGCGAGCCGCCCUGCUGUGCCCCCAGCUGCUGCGCCCCGUCCUCCUGUGUGACCCUCUGCUGCAAGCCCGUGUGCUGCAAGCCUGUCUGCUGUGUGCCAGUCUGCUCCUCCUCCUGCUGCCAGCAGUCUAGCUGCCAGCCCUCAUGCUGUGGCUGCUCCCCAUGCCAGGAGUCCAGCUGUGUGACCCUCUGCUGCAAGCCCGUGUGCUGCAAGCCUGUCUGCUGUGUGCCAGUGUGCCAGUCUGAGGGCUCCUCCUGCUGCCAGCAGUCUAGCUGCCAGCCCUCAUGCUGUGGCUCCUCUCCCUGCCAGGAGUCCAGCUGUGUGACCCUCUGCUGCAAGCCCGUGUGUUGCAAGCCUGUCUGCUGUGUGCCUGUCUGCUCCUCCUCCUGCUGCCAGCAGUCUAGCUGCCAGCCCUCAUGCUGUGGCUCCUCCCCCUGCCAGGAGUCCAGCUGUGUGACCCUCUGCUGCAGGCCAGUGUGCUGCAAGCCUGUCUGCUGUGUGCCCGUCUCCUCCUGCUGUGCCCCCGCCUCGUGCUGCCAGCCCAGCUGCUGCUGCCCGGCCUCCUGUGUGUCUCUGCUCUGCCAGCCCGCCUGCCCCUGCCCGUCCUGCUGCUGA